GUGGCCCAGCCCGGCGCAGUGAGGGAAGGCGCACGCCUGCGAACUAGCCGGGCCGAUGCCGCGGGCGCCCCCUGGUCGCGUGGAGGGCGAUGAGCGAACGACCCGGGACUUGUCUGAAUGGGACCCGAGCAAGGCACACGUGGUCUUCAAUGCGAUGGGCGCUUCCAGGGGACCCGGCGUCCCCUGAGUCCAGGAAGUCUUAUACUGUCUCCUCUCACGGCCCCGACAGAAACGGUUUCUGAGGAGUAGAAGUGUCCUAAGUGGAUUGGAAAUUACAAAUGCCGGAAAGAACCUAGGGAUGGAAAGCAGCCCUCAACUCAGCCCACCAGCACCCAGUUGAAAUAAACAGCCAUGUUGCUCACAGAAAGCCUGUUUGGUGAUCUCUUCACACGGACACAUGAAACAUUUGGUGCCGAAGACCCGGGUCAGUGGGACUCCUUUUGGAGACCAGUCCCCUGUCCUCACCCUCACUCCGUGAAGAGAUCCACCUACGACCUCAGGUCCUCAGACCAACCAGCCCAAGGAACAUCUCACCGAUUUUAAAUCAGGACGCCACUGGAAAUUGGACUGUCCAACUGGCCCAAGGCUCUGAUCGACUCCUUCCCAGAUCUUCUUGGCUUAGCAGCUGAAGACUGACACUGCCUGAUCGCCUCGGAAGCCCCUUGGACCAUCACGGAUGCCGAGCUUCGGGUAACUCUUACAGUGGAGGGUAAGUCCAUCCCCUUCUUAAUCAAUAUGGAGGCUACUCACUCCACAUUACCUUAUUUUCAAGGGCCUGUUUCCCUUGCCUCCAUAACUGUUGUGAGUAUUGACGGCCAGGCUUCUAAACCUCUUAAAACUCCCCAACUCUGGUGCCAACUUGGACAAUAUUCUUUUAUAUACUCCUUUUUAGUUAUCCCCAUCUGCCCAACUCCCUUAUUAGGUUGAGACAUUUUAACUAAAUUAUCUGCUCCUCUGACUAUUCCUGGGCUACAGCCAUACCUCAUUGCCACCUUUUCCCCCAUUUCAAAGCGUCCUUCACAUCCUCUCCUUGUAUCUCCCCACCUUAAUCCACAAGUAUAGGACACCUCUACUCCCUCCUUGGCGACCGAUCAUGCACCCCUUACCAUCUCAUUAAAACCCAAUCACCCUUACCCCGCUCAACGCCAGUGUCCCAUCCCACAGCAUGCUUUAAAAGGAUUAAAGCCUGUUAUCACUUGCCUGUUACAGCAUGGGCUUCUAAAACCUAUAAACUCUCCUUACAAUUCCCCCAUUUUACCUGUCCAAAAACCGGACAAGUCUUACAGGUUAGUUCAGGAUCUGCGCCUUAUUAACCAAAUUGUUUUGCAUAUCCACCUUGUAGUGCCCAACCCUUACACUCUUUUGUCCUCAAUACCUUCUUCCACAACUCACUCUUCCGUUCUUGAUCUUAAAGAUGCUUUUUUCACUAUUCCCCUGCACCUCUCAUCCCAGCCUCUCUUUGCUUUUACCUGGACUGACCCUGACACCCAUCAGUCCCAGCAGCUUACCUGGGCUGUGCUGCCGCAAGGCUUCAGGGACAGCCCUCAUUACUUCAUCCAAACUCUUUCCCAUGAUUUACUUUCUUUCCACCUCUCUGCUUCUCACCUUAUUCAAUAUAUUUGAUGACCUUCUACUUUGUAGCCCCUCCUUUGAAUCUUCUCAACAAGACACCCUCCUGCUCCUUCAACAUUUAUUCUCCAAAGGAUAUCCAGUAUCCCCCUCCAAAGCUCAAAUUUCUUCUCCAUCUGUUGCCUACCUUGGCAUAAUUCUUCAUAAAAACACACGGGCUCUCCCUGCAGAUCAUGUCCGACUGAUCUCUCAAACCCUAACACCUUCUACAAAACAGCAACUCCUUUCCUUCCUAGGCAUGGUUGGAUACUUUCGCCUUUGGAUACCUGGUUUUGCCAUCCUAACAAAACCAUUAUAUAAACUCACAAAAGGAAACCUAGCUGACCCCAUAGAUCCUAAAUCCUUUCCCCACUCCUCUUUCCAUUCCUUGAAGACAGCUUUAGAGACUGCCCCCACACUAGCUCUCCCUGACUCAUCCCAACCCUUUUCAUUACACACAGCCGAAGUGCAGGGCUGUGCAGUCGGAAUUCUUACACAAGGACCGGGACCACGCCCUGUAGUCUUUUUGUCCAAACAACUUGACCUUAUUGUUUUAGGCUGGCUAUCAUGUCUCCGUGCAGCAGCUGCCGCUGCCCUAAUACUUUUAGAGGCCCUCAAAAUCACAAACUAUGCUCAACUCACUGUCUACAGCUCUCAUAACUUCCAAAAUCUAUUUUCUUCCUCACACCUGAUGCAUAUAUUUUCUGUUCCCCAGCUCCUUCAGCUGUAUUUACUCUUUGCUGAGUCUCCCACAGUUACCAUUGUUCCUGGCCCGGGCUUCAAUCCGGCCUCCCACAUUAUUCCUGAUACCACACCUGACCCACAUGACUGUAUCUCUCUAAUACAGUUGGCAUUCACUCCGUUUCCCCAUAUUUCCUUCUUUUCUGUUCCUCACCCUGAUCACACUUGGUAUAUUGAUGGCAGUUCCACCAGGCCUAAUCGCCACUAACCAGCAAAGGCAGGCUAUGCUAAAGUAUCUUCCACAUCUAUCAUUGAGGUUAGUGCUCUGCCCACCUCCACUACCUCUCAGCAAGCCGAACUCAUUGCCUUAACUCGGGCCCUCACUCUUGCAAAGGGACUACACGUCAAUAUUUAUACUGACCCCAUAUCCUGCACCACCAUGCUGUUAUAUGGGCUGAAAGAGGUUUCCUUACUACGCAAGGGUCCUCCAUCAUUAAUGCCUCUUUAAUAAAAGCUCUUCUCAAGGCUGCUUUACUUCCAAAAGAAGCUGGAGUCAUAUACUGCAAGGGCCACCAAAAGGCAUCAGAACCCAUCGCUCAGGGCAAUGCUUAUGCUGAUAAGGUAGCUAAUGAAGCAGCUAGAAUUCCAACUUCUGUCCCUCCUGGCCAGUUUUUCUCCUUCUCAUCGGUCACUCCCACCUACUCCCCUGCUGAAACUUCCACCUAUCAAUCUCUUCCCACACAAGGCAAAUGGUUCUUAACCAAGGGAAAUAUCUCCUUCCAACCUCACAGAUCCAUUCUAUUCUGUCAUCAUUUCAUAACCUCUUCCAUGUAGGUUACAAGCCGCUAGCCUGUCUCUUAGAACCUCUCAUUUCCUUUCCAUCCUGGAAAUCUAUCCUCAAAGAAAUCACCUCUCAGUGUUCCAUCUGCUAUUCUACUACCCCUCAGGGAUUGUUCAGGCCCCCUCCCUUCCCUACACAUCAAGCUCGGGUCAAGCUCGGGGAUUUGCCCCUGCCCAGCACUGGCAAAUUGACUUUACUCACAUGCCCCGAGUCAGAAAACUAAAAUAACUCUUGGUCUGGGUAGACACUUUCACUGGAUGGGAAGAGGCCUUUCCCACAGGGUCUGAGAAGGCCACUGCAGUCAUUUCUUCCCUUCUGUCAGAUAUAAUUCCUCAGUUUGGCCUUCCCACCUCUAUACAGUCUAAUAACAGACCAGCCUUUAUUAGUCAAAUCACCCAAGCAGUUUCUCAGGCUCUUGGUAUUUAGUGGCGCCUGGUUUUACCUCAACUGCCACCCUUAAGUCUCUCUUUAUGUGGAUAGAAGAUCUUCAGUGGCAAGGUACCCUCCAGUACUUGCACCCUGAUGAAGUCCUGUUCUUUACUUUUAUAUUUACUCUUAUUCUCAUUCCUGUUCUUAUGCCAUCCUCUACCUCUCCCCAGCUAUCUCCACCACACUAUCAAUCUCACUCUCUCCUAGCCAUUUCUAAUCCUUCUUUAACAAACAGUUGCUGGCUUUGCAUUUCUCAUUCCUCCAAAAUCACCAAGGCCCUGACUUACUCACUGCUUAAAAAAAAGGAGGGGGGGGUACUCUGUAUAUUUUUAAAUGAAGAGUGUUGGUUUUACAUAAAUCAAUCUGGCCUGGUAUAUGACAACAUUAAAAAACUCAAGGAUAGAGCCCAAAAACUUGCCAACCAAGCAAGUAAUUACGCUAAACCCCCCUUGGACGCCCUUGGACUCUCUAAUAAGAUGUCCUGAGUCCCCCCAAUUCUUAGUCCUUUAAUACUUGUUUUUCUCCUUCUCUUAUUCAGACCUUGUGUCUUUCAUUUAGUUUCUCAAUUCAUACAAAACCGCAUCCAGGCCAUCACCAAUAAUUCUAUACCACAAAUGCUCCUAACAGCACCACAAUGUCACCCCUUACCCCAAAAUCCUUCUUCAGUUAACUCUCUUCCACUGUAGGUUCCCACGCCACCCCAAUCCCGCUUGAAGCAGCCCAGAGAAACAUCGCCCAUUAUCUCUCCAUACCACCCCCAAAAAUUUUCACCACCCCAACACUUUACCACUAUUUUGUUUUAUUUUUCUUAUUAAUAUAAGAAGACAAGAAUGUCAGGCCUCUGAGCCCAAGCUAAGCCAUCAUAUCCCCAGUGACCUGCGCGUAUACAUCCAGAUGGCCUGAAGCAACUGAAGAUCCACAGAAGUGAAAAUAGCCUUAACUGAUGACAUUCCACCAUUGUGAUUUGUUUCUGCCCCACCCUAACUGAUCAAUGUUCUUUAUAAUCUCUCCGACCCUUAAGAAGUUUCUUUGUAAUUCUCCCCACCCUUGAGAAUGUCCUUUGUGAGAUCCACCCCCUGCCCCCAAAACAUUGCUCUUAACUCGACUGCCUAUCCCAAAACCUAUAAGAACCAAUGAUAAUCCCACCACCCUUUGCUGACUCCUUUUUCGGACUCAGCCUGCCUGCACUCAGGUGAAAUAAACAGCCAUGUUGCUCA